UGAAUUCACUCACGCCCACGUAUCGUUUUCAGAGCAAUAUAGAAGAGUUGCCAGACUAGACAUUUGCUUUUCAGUGACACUUAAUGAAUAAGUCCCAGAGCUGCUGGGCAUCUUCAUCUGGCAAGCAAAGAAGCAGACAGGUAAUGUAUAAACCAUCACUGCGUAGGAUGCCGGCACAGUCAGGGCCUGGAACUUACUUGAUGACCAAAGAAUCACAAGGAUUCUGUGGAGGAGCACCCCCCACACAGUCAAACGCAGCUUUUGGAGCAUCGCUGUCAACACAGUCUAAAGCAGUUUUUGCAGGAUCAUUCCCAACUCAGUCAGAAGAAGAUUUUGGAGUACCACUCCCGCCUGAGUCAGAAGACAGUUUUGUGACAUCGCCCGCACCGGCACAGACCAACACCGUUUUUACAGGAUUGCUCUCAACGCAGUCAAAUGCCGUGUUUACAGGAUCACAUCCAGCCCAGUCAAAAGGAGGAUUUCCAGGCUAUUUCCCGGUGCAGACUAAAGCAGUUUUUCCAGGAUCUCUCCCAGCACAGUCAAAAGAAGCUUUAAGAAGCCUGCAACCAACGGAGUCAAAAGGAGCUACUGCAGUGCCACAGCCUUGCGCACAGAGCAUGCCUCCAGCCUGGUAUGAGAUGAUUCGGAGACACGCAGCAGCAGUCCAGUGGGCGGAGUCUGAGGAAUAUCAUCAAGAAAAGAUGAAACAGCAAGGGGGACUAUAUCGUUUCCAAGAGCAACAGAAUAAGAACGCAGAACACACCUUGUACAACCAAUAUGAGGAGAAAAUCCGCCCCUGUAUUGAUCUCAUUGACUCCCUGAGAGCGCUUGGAGUAGAAAAGGACCUGGCUUUGCCAGCAAUUGCAGUGAUUGGAGACCAGAGUUCUGGAAAAAGCUCGGUUCUAGAAGCCCUGUCCGGAGUUGCUCUCCCUAGAGGCAGUGGUAUUGUUACCAGAUGUCCCUUAGUGCUCAAACUGAAAAAACUGGCUCCUCAGCAGGAAUGGAAAGGGAAAAUUAGUUACUGGGAUAUAGAUGAAGAGCUCCACCAUCCCUCAGUGGUGGAAAAAGAAAUAAGAAAAGCCCAGGAUGCAAUCGCUGGUGAAGGAGUGGGCAUUAGCCAGGAAUUAAUUUCCCUCGAAAUUCGCUCUCCGAAUGUUCCAGAUCUGACACUGAUUGAUCUUCCAGGGAUUGCGAGGGUGGCUGUAGGGAAUCAGCCACAAGACAUUGGAGAACAGAUCAAAAAGCUAAUUAAAAAAUUUAUUGCUAAGCAAGAGACUAUAAAUUUGGUAGUGGUGCCAAGUAAUGUGGAUAUCGCAACAACAGAGGCACUGAAAAUGGCUCAAGAGGUAGACCCUGAUGGAGAGAGAACUCUAGGGAUCCUGACAAAACCAGAUUUGGUGGACAGGGGAACUGAGUCGUCAGUUGUUGAUAUUGUACGAAACCUUGUCAUCCACCUAAGGAAGGGUUAUAUGAUUGUUAAAUGUCGUGGGCAGCAAGACAUUCAUGACAAGCUCACCCUGGCAUCUGCAAUCCAGAAGGAGAGAGAAUUCUUUGAGCAGCAUGAACAUUUUAGAGUUCUUCUGGAUGAAAACAAGGCCACUAUCCCCAUUUUGGCAGAGAAACUUACAAGUGAGCUUGUGGAACACAUUAAUAAAUCUUUGCCUGUUUUAGAAGAGCAAAUAAACAUUCAACUCCACAAAACAACUGAAGAGUUACUCAAAUAUGGCAAAGGCACACCAAAAGCAGAAGGCGAGAAGUUGGUUUUCCUAAUAGAUAAAAUCAAACUGUUUAAUCAAGACAUCAUGAGUUCAGUGGCAGGAGAAGAAAAGUUGUUAGAAAAUGAAAUUAGACUGUUUACAAAAAUCCGCACAGAGUUUCAAAAAUGGGGGAAGAUACUUGAUGACAGUGCAUUGACUGAUAGAAAAACUAUACAACAUGAAGUGUGGAGAUUUGAAGAACAGUAUCGUGGAAGAGAGCUCCCGGGGUUUACCAGUUACAAGACAUUUGAGGCCAUUGUAAGACAGCGAAUUAUGGCACUAGAAAAACCAGCUAUUGAGAUGCUGAAGAAAGUAAUUGAAAUUGUCCGAAAAGCUUUUACAGAGGUUGCCAAAGAUCAUUUUGAGGAUUUUCAAAAUCUUAACAGAGCUGCUAAGGGCAGAAUUGAAGACAUUAGCAAGAAACAAUCAGAGGAAGCUGAAACAAUUAUUAAAAUCCAUUUUAAAAUGGAGCAGCUUGUAUACUGCCAGGACAAUGUUUACAGACAAGACUUAAAAGUUUUUGAGAAAGAAACAUCAAAGGAAGCAGCCCACAGUCUGAACCUGGUCUCCUUGAGUUUCAAUUCUGGAACUGUCCAGAACCACCCUGCCAUUCAGGAUAUGACUUACCACUUGGAGGCAUACUUCAGUAGUGCAGGUAAACGUCUCUCCAACCAAAUUCCUCUGAUCAUCCAAUUCUACAUCCUUCAGGACUUUGGAGAUAAAUUACAGAAUUCAAUACUGCAACUUUUACAAGAAAAAGAAAAAUUGAACUUCUUUCUUCAGGAACGGAAAGAUGCUGCCGAUCAGAGGCAUUUUCUGAGUGGACGAAUUGAUCGUCUGACACAAGCUCACCUUCGCUUAAUAAAAUUUUCUGUGCUGUAGUAGCCUCUCUGCUUUAAAUGGUCUGUUUCAAAUGUCAGUUCUUGGUACUGAAAAGACCUAUAGCAGAGCUUUGUAUAACCCUUUAGAAAUUGUGCAUCCGUCUACACUGGCCUUAAAAACUGAAUUAACUAAGUCAGAGUUUAGCUAAAUCACAAAGUUGCUUUAAUAUCAUCAGUUAUGUCUGUGUCACAUGUUCAUCUGUGAACCAUUUUAUUUUUAAAGUCUUGUUUUAGUUAGUUUAGUGUAUAGCAUUAUGAAUUUCUUAUGCUUCCCCGUAAUUACGUUGCUACUGCGAAACAUUCUGCAUAUGUUCAUUUUAACAAGUGAGGACAUGAGCUCUCUGGUACAGACCAUACAACCUUCAGCUAGGCAAAUGAAUUAAACCAUAUUGCAGUCAGAGACUGAACCAAAAGUGUAAGUAUAUUUUAAAUGUGUGCUUUCUUACUCACUUUUUUGGUUGUGUUCUUCCACAUACUUUAUUUUAGCCAUAGAAACUAGUUAAUCUAUUUUAACAUUUUGGAAGUAUGGUACAUAUUUAAAAAAAAGAAAGGUAAAUGUCACUUUGCAAGUGUAGCAUGAAGAUAUAAAGUUGUUAGAUGCUGGAUCCGGUGUAUGUGUUUGACACCUGAUGUCCUGGCCCAAUCACUGGCAAAUAAACUAAUCUUAAUGUGGCUCAAUAAAUAAUGAGUUGUUUCUGUGAGUGUGUACUGUAAUUAUGCUUCUGUGAAACUCUACAAGUACAA